UUCAUUGAUACUGGAACACUAAUCAUGUGGAACUUUUAUUGUUAAUGUCAGUUUUCCACGGACGGUUGUGAGUGUAACACAAGGUCCAGCAGCUUGGAAGCAGUUUGUUUCGGUGGUAAUAUUUCAUGUGAUAAAGUUCACACGCGUAAAAUCAGUUAGAAACGCGUAGAUAUAGCCAGCUGUUAGCGUUAGCUAGCAGGCGGAGGGCGCGGAGCCGGAAAAAAAGAAGUGCAGAGUAAUGACAGAAGGUUUCCACCUUGGCUUUUGAACUCUGCUGCGCUGCUCAGUGACCGUCCAAAGCUCAGAGGAGGAGAGGCACCCAUGCAGAGCUGGUUACCGGAGACGAGGAAUGCAACAGAGAGGAGUUAACCGUUUCUUGCUCUAAAGACAGACAGCUCGUCUAUAGGCAGAAAAUGAUGAGCGCUCAAAAACUGCUGCUCUCCGAGCUGAAGCUGUGGACAUCUCGACUUCACACGGGUAUAUGUGGGCGUGGAAAGGCUUCUUUCUCCUCAUGCGGCCCAAAGGUGUGUAUUGUCGGAAGUGGCCCCGCAGGUUUCUACACAGCACAGCAUCUAAUCAAGGCCCGUCAGGAUGUCGAGGUGGAUAUUUACGAGCGGCUGCCUGUUCCCUUCGGCCUGGUCAGGUUUGGAGUGGCCCCCGAUCAUCCUGAAGUCAAGAACGUCAUCAACACAUUCACGCAAACAGCCAAACACUCACGCUGCAGUUUCUUUGGCAAUGUGAACGUAGGGAAGAAUGUGAGCAUCGCCGAGCUGCAGCAAGCCUACCACGCUGUCGUACUGAGUUAUGGUGCGGAGGGAAACAGGAGUAUGGGAGUACCAGGGGAAGACUUGGACGGUGUGUACUCUGCCAAAGACUUUGUGGGCUGGUACAACGGGCUGCCCAGCUGUCGAGAGCUGAGUCCAGACCUGAGCUGUGAAACCGCAGUCAUUCUGGGACAAGGCAACGUGGCCCUGGAUGUAGCAAGGAUUCUGCUAUCGCCCAUCGACAUUUUAAAGAAAACUGACAUCACCCAGCCGGCCCUGGAGGCUCUGGCAGAGAGCCAGGUGCGCAGGGUGCUAAUUGUUGGCAGGAGAGGACCUGUUCAGAUCGCUUGCACAAUCAAGGAACUCAGAGAAAUGGUGAACCUGCCAGACACGAGACCUGACAUGGUGGCCUCUGAUUUUGAUGGAGUCAAAGAGGCUCUUAAAGAUUUGCCGAGGCCCAGGAAGCGCCUGACAGAGCUGAUGCUGAAGACGGCCCUGGAGGUACCUGGAGAAAAGGAGCAGGAGAGACGGAACAAGGCCUCCCGUACCUGGGGCUUUCGAUUCUUCCGGAGCCCCGUCGAAGUCCUGGCCGACAUCAGCCGCGGCAGAAUAGCCGGCAUCCGUCUGGCAGUCAACAGGCUGGAGGGUUCAGGUGAGGGAGCCCAGGCGGUGCUUACAGGAGAAGUGGAGGAUGUGUCGUGCGGCCUGGUCGUCAGCAGUAUCGGCUACAAGAGCCUCCCCAUCGAUCCAUCAGUGCCUUUUGACUCCCACAAAGCCAUCGUUCCAAACACCAUGGGCCGCAUUCAACGAGCUGCAGGUCUGUAUUGUAGCGGCUGGCUUAAAACAGGCCCUACAGGUGUCAUAGCCACAACUAUGAACAAUAGCUUUGACACUGCACGAUCAUUGGUGGAGGACAUGGAGUCAGGAAAGUUGGAUGUGUCUGCCAUCAAGCCCGGAUCACAGAGUAUCAGUGCUCUGCUGGAAAAGAGAGGAGUGAAACCAGUGACUUUCUCAGACUGGGAGAAGAUCGACAAUGUGGAGACGAAAAGGGGUGAAUCCAGUGGGAAACCCAGAGAAAAGCUGCUGACUGUGGAGGAGAUGCUGCAGGUGGCUUGGACAUGACUGAAGGAAACGAGCUUUCCAUGUGAACAGGCAGUGCUGCCUAACUGUGACCUCACUGAUUGACCACACAAUAGAAAAAACAAUCAUUUGAAGUGCUUAACCUGGAUUUAAUUCAUAUUGUACAAAUGACACUAGUAGGAACUGGUAUGUCAUUUCACUACCUUGUUAAACAGUAUCAAUCCAACACACUGAAAGACUGACAGCCUGUUGCUCUCAAGACCAAACUCUAAUGGAUACUAUUGUUUUAGAAUUUAUACACUGUAAUAUAUUGUUAAUUAAAACCAUGUGGCUGAAGCAUUUUUUUUGCACUUUAUAUGAUGACAUUUAACAUCUUAAAUCUAUAUUUGAGGAAAUAA